AUGGACCGCAAGAAAACCAUCAAGGAUCGCUUGAAUGAUGUGGAGGAGUCUCUGGACAACAUUGCGAGAAGCGGACUAGCGCAAGGCUGCUCUUUUGGUCUUUUGGCUCAUGAGUUCAACGACGUAAGUUGCAGGAAACCCUACCGGGAGCGCCAUCCGUGGCGGAAUACCAAGGAUUCGACGUCCGUCCAACUGGAUCACCGUGCUUGGAGCGGCGAUUGGAAGUGGAGCCAGCUGCACAAGUGGAUGGACGCGAGCAUCAUACAGCUUGUAUUCGGCAUUCGCAAAGUCGGGAUCGAAUGA